ACACCGGAACCUCUUCAGUACGUCGGCGGGUCGCGAGCUGCGCUUGUGCGGGAAACGGAGGACGGUGGUUUUUUUUCCCCCCUUUUUUUGUUUUCUUUCUUUUUUCUUUUUUUUUAAAAAAAGAAGCUUCUCGGCGCUGUUUUUUUUAACUUCUCUCGUUUUGCUAUCCUGACUGUCGGCCAUGGCGUACCGCGGGCAAGGCCAGAAGGUGCAGAAAGUGAUGGUGCAGCCUAUCAACCUCAUUUUUCGCUACCUGCAGAAUAGAUCCCGGAUUCAGGUUUGGCUAUAUGAACAAGUAAACAUGCGGAUAGAAGGCUGUAUCAUUGGUUUUGAUGAAUAUAUGAAUUUAGUUCUGGAUGAUGCUGAGGAAAUUCACUCUAAAACAAAAUCAAGAAAACAGCUGGGUCGAAUCAUGUUAAAAGGAGACAAUAUUACCCUUCUGCAAAGUGUUUCCAACUAGAAAAUACCUAGUAUUUCUGUUGUAAUAUUAAUGUUUAAUCUUUAAAAAAAUGUGCAGGCUUAAUGCUAUCUUUUCUGAUUUGGUAUCUGAGGCAAGAAUGAAGACAGCAACUUAGUACAUAUGUCUGUAGUUUUCAAUAACUUUUUUACACUGGUGUGUAACUAUUUCUUUAUAAAUAAAUGUUUUUGUUAAUAUA